AUACCUGUCUUUCCCACAUUGUCCUUUCUCAUUCCCAACACGGCAUUUGAGGUCGAAGGCUAGAGGAAAAUGGCCGAUUAUCAUACCAACUAUAAAAAGAAUGAUGAGGUGGAAUUUGUUCGGACUGGCUAUGGAAAGGAUAUGGUCAAAGUUCUCCACAUUCAGCGAGAUGGAAAGUACCACACCAUUAAGGAGGUGGCAACCUCAGUGCAACUUACUCUGAGUUCCAAAAAGGAUUACCUGUAUGGAGACAAUUCAGACAUCAUCCCGACCGACACGAUCAAGAACACAGUCCAUGUCUUGGCAAAGUUCAAAGGGAUCAAAAGCAUAGAAGCAUUUGCCAUGCACGUCUGCGAGCACUUCCUUUCUUCUUUUAACCAUGUCAUCCGAGUUCAAGUUUAUGUGGAAGAAGUCCCUUGGAGGCGUUUGGAAAAGAAUGGUGUCAAGCAUGUCCAUGCAUUCAUUCACACUCCCACCGGAACACACUUCUGUGAGGCUGAGCAGACGAGGAGCGGACCUCCGGUUAUUCAUUCUGGAAUCAAAGACCUGAAGGUCUUAAAAACGACCCAGUCUGGAUUUGAAGGAUUCAUUAAAGACCAAUUCACCACCCUCCCGGAAGUGAAGGACCGGUGCUUUGCCACCAAAGUGUACUGCAAGUGGCAAUACCACCAGGGCAGAGAUGUGGAUUUCGAGGCCACCUGGGAGACUGUUCGCGACACCAUCCUGGAGAAAUUUGCCGGGCCCUAUGACAAAGGAGAAUACUCGCCCUCUGUCCAGAAGACCCUUUAUGAGAUCCAGGUGCUCUCCCUGAGCCGGGUGCCCCAGAUUGAAGACAUGGAAAUCAGCCUGCCAAACAUUCACUAUUUUAACAUAGACAUGUCCAAGAUGGGACUGAUCAAUAAGGAAGAGGUCUUGCUACCUUUAGACAAUCCAUAUGGGAAAAUUACUGGUACCAUCAAGAGGAAGCUGUUAUCACGGCUGUGACACUGUAGCCACCAACGGGAGUCCACUCUCAGCGGAAGAAGUCUUUACUUGAUGGUGGGGGGGCUACUGUGUGUCGCCAUGCAGAAUUUCCAGUGCAGUAGAUUGAGUCACAGUGUUCAUUUCCCUCCUGCAUGAAAUCAUUUCUUUCUUCCACACCUAGUCCAGCAAGGUGUACUGUGGAUUACCUGAUUAGUAACUAUCACAUACUUACAGUGUACACAAAACAGACUGAGCAGUAUUGCAACAGUUAUAAAGCAAUUAUUCUUU